AUGUCAUCAUCAACGGGUAUACAAGAAGCCAUUUCCAACGCCCGAAGAGAGGCACAAGACUUACACGAACAGAUAAAGAAUCAACGAAAGAAGACCAAUGACGCAAAUUUACGAGAUAUGGAUGUUCCCGACAUGCUUCCCAUGAAAAUUCGUGAACGUCGAGUAUUGAGAGGACACUAUGCAAAGAUAUAUAGUUUAGCUUGGGGACGAGAUUCAACCUCGUUAGUGAGUGCGAGCCAAGAUGGUAAACUCAUUAUUUGGGACGCUGUGAAAGCAUACAAGACACAUGCCAUUCCUCUCAGGUCUCAUUGGGUCAUGUGUUGCGAUUAUAGUCCUUCCGGAAAUGCUGUUGCUUGUGGAGGUUUGGAUAAUAUUUGUUCCGUGUUCCUUCUCUCUACUGUACAACAAAAUCCAAAUGCAACUGAUAUGAAACCACACAGAGAAUUAACAGGUCAUACAGGUUAUUUAAGUUGUUGUAAAUUUUUAAAUGAUCGACACAUUCUCACAAGUUCUGGAGAUCAGAGUUGCAUUUUGUGGGACAUUGAAAUGAAUCAACCUGUCACACGAUUCGAAGAACAUACUGGAGAUUGCAUGUCAGUUUCCAUAAAACCUGACGGAGACAAUAAUUUGUUUUUGAGUGGUUCGUGUGACGGAAAUGCAAAAUUAUGGGAUAUUCGAAUGAAUAAGUGUGUAGCCACAUUCACAGGUCACGAAGGUGAUAUUAACUCGGUUCAGUUCUUCCCUAAUGGAAAUGCUUUCGCAACUGGUUCUGAUGAUUGUAGUUGUCGAUUGUUUGAUAUUAGGGCAGCUCGAGAAGUCAUGACUUAUUCUGAUGAUAAUGUCAGAGAAGGUGUGACUUGUAUUAGUUUUACCAAAUCUGGACGUGUCUUGUUUUCCGCAUAUGAAGACAAGAAAGUCAUUGCAUGGGAUACCUUGAAAGGCAAGGUUCUUCAAACAUUGGAAGGUCUUCCAAAUGGACACGAAAAUCGUGUGAGUUGUUUGGCAGUGUCACCUGAUGGCCACGGACUUGCUACAUGCUCAUGGGACAUGACUGUUAAAAUCUUUGCUUAA